CACAGAAUCCUAACUAUUAUAACUUACAAGGUGUUACUCAUCGACAUUUGUCUGAUCAUCUUUCGGAAUUGGUAGAAAACACUUUGAAUGAUCUAGAACAGUCUAAGUGCAUCAGCAUUGAAGACGAAAUGGAUUGCCUUCCCCUAAAUUUGGGAAUGAUUGCUGCUUAUUACUACAUUAAUUAUACAACUAUUGAACUGUUUAGUUUAUCUCUGAACAAUAAAACAAAAAUUCGUGGUCUCCUGGAAAUUAUUUCAACGGCUGCAGAAUAUGAAGAUGUUCCAGUUAGACAUAGAGAAGACACCCUGCUGCGCAGUCUUGCUCAAAGAUUGCCCAAUAAAUUAGCACCAGGUGCUAAGUACAAUGACCCUCAUGUGAAGACCAACUUAUUGCUACAAGCUCACCUCUCUAGACUACAAUUGGGUGCAGAAUUGCAAGGAGACACUGAAGUUAUCUUGAGCAAAGCCAUUCGCUUGAUUCAGGCUUGUGUGGAUGUGCUCAGUUCCAAUGGUUGGCUCUCUCCAGCAGUGGCUGCUAUGGAACUUGCACAAAUGGUUACACAAGCAAUGUGGAGCAAAGACUCUUACUUGAAACAGUUACCUCAUUUUAAUGCAGAUGUGAUUAAAAGAUGUACUGAAAAGGGUGUGGAGACUGUAUUUGACAUUAUGGAGCUAGAAGAUGAAGAUCGAUCAAAAUUGCUCCAGUUAACUGAUGUGCAGAUGGCAGAUGUUGCAAGGUUUUGUAACAGAUAUCCAAACAUUGAAAUGAGUUAUGAAGUUCAGGACAAAGACAGACUUCAUACUGGCUCAUCAGUGAAUGUUGUGGUACAGCUCGAACGAGAGGAUGAAAUAACAGGUCCUGUUAUUGCUCCAUUUUAUCCUCAGGUAAGAAAACUUAAG